CCUGUCUCGACUUCCAGAUCGAAGAUGGCGGUCUCGGUGUUCCCCGGCGUGCGGCUCCUCUCCAUCGGAGACGCGAAUGGAGACAUACAGCGACACUCAGAGCAGCAGCCCCUGCGGUUAGAAGUCAAAACCACACAAGAUGCUGCCCUCAUCAAUCUCUCCAAUGGAGAGGAGGCGAGUGUGUUCAAGUGUUCGGUUUCCAGGGAGACCGAGUGCAGCCGCGUGGGGAAGCAGUCAUUCAUCAUCACACUGGGCUGCAACAGCGUCUUGCUGCAGUUCUCCUCACCCGCAGACUUUCAGUCCUUUUAUAAUCUCCUGAAGAACUGUCGUGGCCAUCUUAGUGAGCACUCAGUCUUCAGCGACAGAACAGAGGAGUCCUCUGCUGUACAGUACUUCCAGUUUUAUGGCUACCUCUCCCAGCAACAGAACAUGAUGCAGGACUACGUUCGGACAGGGACCUACCAACGGGCUAUUCUCCAAAACCACACUGACUUCAAGGACAAGGUGGUUCUGGAUGUUGGUUGUGGCUCGGGCAUCCUCUCUUUCUUUGCAGCUCAAGCUGGAGCCAGGAAGGUCUAUGCUGUGGAGGCCAGCACCAUGGCUCAGCAUGCCGAGGUGCUGGUGAACAGUAACCGUUUAGGGGAGCGUGUGGUCGUCAUCCCAGGGAAGGUGGAGGAGGUGACGCUGCCGGAGCAGGUCGACAUCAUCAUAUCAGAGCCGAUGGGCUACAUGCUGUUCAAUGAGCGCAUGUUGGAGAGCUACCUGCAUGCCAAGAAGUUCCUCAAACCCAGUGGUAAAAUGUUCCCCACCAUCGGUGAUGUCCACCUGGCCCCCUUCACAGAUGAGCAGCUCUACAUGGAGCAGUUCACCAAGGCCAACUUCUGGUACCAGCCCUCCUUCCAUGGUGUAGACCUCUCUGCCCUGCGGGGGGCAGCUGUGGAUGAGUAUUUCCGCCAGCCAAUUGUGGACACAUUCGAUAUCCGUAUUCUGAUGGCCAAAUCGGUCAAAUACACAGUCAACUUCCUGGAGGCCAAAGAAGAGGAUCUUUACAGGAUAGAGAUUCCCUUUAAGUUCCACAUGAUGCACUCUGGCCUGGUUCAUGGCCUAGCUUUCUGGUUUGAUGUGGCAUUCAUGGGAUCAGUGAUGACAGUAUGGCUGUCCACAGCACCCACAGAGCCUCUCACCCACUGGUACCAGGUGCGCUGUCUGCUGCAGUCUCCCCUCUUCACCAAGGCUGGGGAUACACUGUCUGGCACCGCACUGCUGGUGGCAAACAAGAGACAAAGCUACGACAUCAGUAUUGUUGCCCAGGUGGACCAGACAGGAUCAAAGUCCAGCAACCUCCUGGACUUGAAGAACCCCUUUUUCAGGUACACAGGCACCACCCCCAACCCUCCUCCUGGCUCACACUACACCUCCCCAUCUGAGAAUAUGUGGAACACGGGCGCAGCCUACAGCAUGAGUCAGGGGAUGGCUGUAUCAGGGAUGCCUGCAGCUUAUGACCUCAGUACAGUCAUUGGCAGCGGCCCGUCUGUGUCUCACAACAACCUCAUCCCCCUAGGUACGAAUCACACUCCUCCUGACUUCUCUUCAUCCCGUGGGAAAGAAAUAGCAGAGCGACAGACAAACUCUGCAGUGCAGCCUAAAGUACCAGUGAACACAGGGAUCGUAAACCACACCCACUCCAGGAUGGGCUCCAUCAUGAGCACAGGAAUUGUCCAGGGAGCCACUACGGGCCAGUCUGGCCCAAGCAGCAGCGGUACUUACUAUCCCGUCACCAACCAGUUCACCAUGGGGGGCGCUGCCAUCUCCAUGGCCUCGCCGAUGGUCAUCCCCAGCAACACCAUGCAUUACGGCAGUUAAGACGAGGACUCCGCAAAGACCUCUUCGACCUCCUAGCCCCCGCAUGACAAGAGAUUCCCAGCCCCUCCCAGUGGAGCCCCUCACUCCACCACCCCUCCACCCUGCGACCCUGACUGAUCCACCAUCCGCAGCCAAAACCAAUAUACCAAAACCAGUGCUGUGCUGGCACUUCCUUGUCCCCUUUGUCCGUCACCCACUUUCUGCUCCUGUUAAGUCCUUCACUAUAUGAACGAUAUGAACGGUCAAACGCUCUCGUAUCCGUCCAGACUCUUGUCUUGCUAACAGCCGAAACCUCCUUUUCCUUUCCUCCUUCUUGGAUUUGGGCUGCAACAUAUGCACAGCUGAGAUGCACAGCCAUUAUCAUCGGUUCCCUUCCUGCUGUCCCGACCUCUCCACCUCCCCUACUUUUUUUUUUUUUUUUUUUAAUGUCAUGACGACCCCAAAGUUUUCCCCAAACCCUUUCUUCCCUAAGAAUCUACUUGUUGCCAGAUACCAGCAUCAGUCCGUUCCCACAAUUCUCCUCACCUCUGCAUCAGACCUACACCGAAGCUUUUCAUUUGUAUAGUAGACACUAUUAUCAUCAUCAACACUCAUCUCUGAGAUACCAUCUUGGCUUUUUUUCAUAUCGGAUACAAAACUUCAAAGCGUCUCAGCAUUUCUCUCAAGAGACAGACAAAGUGGUUCCUUUUUAAAGUUCACACAAAUCACAAAACAUAUUUCCGUGUUUGCUCCAUGUAGAUCAUUUGUUUUUUAGGCAGCAGCAGAUAUAUCAGAAAAGCUGAAGCUAUCUACACACAGGAACAGGAACCCUGAGGAGUCUGUGGAAAUUGUUUUAAUUUUUUUUUUUUUGUGUGACUCGGACAAACUAACUAAUCUCAGUUCUUCUCAUUACCCAGUGUGUAGUUGUACUAAGGUUCACACAUACAUCAAGGUUUUGGGAGAACGCUGGCCACCUUCCAUGUUUAGUGAGGAGAUAAACAGGCACCACCAUCGUGUGUGUGUGUGUCUGCAGUAGAAAAACACCUGCUAUAGAGCACAUAGUCAUUUGAUCCACUGCUAAUAUAGAAAUAUUGAUCAGUGCAGCUUUACAUGCACUUGUACAUCCAGACCUGUGAGGUGGUUAGCCUAGCUUAGCUCCCUGUUUCUAUCCAAAAACUUCAAGGCUGUCAUAGUUUAUAUCUUUAUAUAUUUACAUCUUAAUCGUACAUGUAUUGGGGUUGCCAGGUUUGAGCACUGUCCAAAGUGGGGGAAAAAAAUAAAUAAAUAAACAGGUGACGCUUUUUAUUAUCUCUUAUAACCAAUUAAAAAAGGACUUCCUGGAAGGUGUAUGUUGUCUGUCUUUUGACAGAUCUAGACUAACUUUCUGGUCUAUAUCUGUGCUGGACUCGCUGAAAUAUAAGUAAUGGGUCUUUUAAACACCUGACUGGGUUUGGAUUUGAUAGCAAACGAGCAUAUUUCAUAAAAUGACUCAAACGUGUUGUAAGAUUUGCAUUUAAAGGGAAAAGUGUCUAUAGCUGUCAGACUCUGGUCCUAUGCAGAAAGUGUCAGUCGUAGCUGUGAGAAUUUACAAAGAAUGAGACCUUGAGAGACAAGUUCAGACCCGUCUUUCCAUGGAAGAUGCCCGGUGAGAAAGUCUCCCAAACCCUUGCUGUCGUUGUCUCACGCUAGAACACUUUAGUCCUAUAAACCUGAAACAAGCCUGCUGCUGCUGCAGCGCCCAUCUCCCGCCAUCUUUGCUUCGUAUCCGUUUUUUUUUUUUUCUUUUAAAAGGAGAGAGGACAUUGCAGCAGCUCCUCCGCGGCCAGUCACUUGUAGAUCCAGAUUACUCCAGCAGUUGGGGGAAGAAGAUCUGGAUUUGGAGAACGAGCCUGUUAAGGACCAAUAACCUGGGCAGGGGGGUGGGCAGCCCCUCUGGCUGCUGGAGUGAGAGAAGCGGAGCUGGAAGCAUCAGCAGCAUCCUAGUUCACAUCCUCUCUUUCUUCCCCUGCUUUCCCUCCCAACCCUCCUUUGAGACUGUGAGACUGUCGCAAAGACACUUCAUCGGCGAGGCACGGGAGACUGGGCCUGUCCAGCCACCUCCCUCCUCGUCCCUUCACUAUAUAUGACCGCCAGCAUAUCAUUACCCCCAACACACCCCGAUGCCCUUGUCCCCCUUUUAUUAGUCAAAUAGAGAAAGACUGACACGUGCAUUGCUUCCAGUGUCACAACUUCUGGGCUUGGUUCAUUUGGAAUUUAUGAGUUAGAAAGUUUUAAGAGAGCUGAAAAAAAAUAAGUCUCUUUGUAGGAUUAACCUUUCUUUUUGUUGUUGUCUUUAUUUGUUUUGUUUUUUUUUCUGUCACAAAAAAAAAACAACAAUUACAAAAAAAAAAAAAAAAAAAAAGAAGAGCAAAUUAAAUGUGGUGGAGAUGUUCCAAAACUCAUCCUGGAAUCAGGUGUUGUAGUAUUUUAAUUUGUUUCCUCCGGGUUCAUGAAAUAGACUGUGGACACGCCAGAUGUUUACCAUGUGGUAGCCUAUAGCCACGGUGUCUCCCUUUUGUCUUGGAAUCAUUGCUCUGUGUAGUCCAUAGCGGCCUCCAUCCUUUAUCAUUGGAAAAGUGUAUUAGGAAGAUUGUGUCAUGUUCUGUUACUUCUGUGUUGAAAAAGCAGUAAUAACACCUUUCUCACUGUCUGACAUCGACUCUUCUGCUCCACACACAGUCAGAGAAAGUCUGUCCUCAACUGGGAUUAGAGACGACACAAAAGUUAUAUUUUUAAUUUAUAACACACACACACACACCUCUGGUUUCAGCCUCUGUUCAGUGUCUUCCUGUUCUCUGUCAUCACCCAUACUGUUGAACCUCAUUCUUCCUCUCACGUCCUUUCAAGUCCUGUCAGAUUGGAUGCAACGUGUCUGUGAACUAUCAUCUUCAGGUCUCUCCACAGAUGUCCUAUGGGCUUUAGUUCUGGGCCACUCAAGGUCAGAGACCGGUCCCCCCCGAAAGCCAGUCCAGCACUAUCAUGGCUGUGUGCUUCACGUCAUUGUCGUGCUGAAAGGUGAACCGUCAGAUGGUCCAGCAGGUCCCCCCCGUCUCUGCGGAGGACGUCUGCAAGCACCGUCAGAGUGAGUGCUGGGUUCUGGUCACUCAGCCUACAGCUGGAAAAAAAAAUAAUUAAAAUGUGGAAAAAAUUCCAAUUAAAUCUUAGGAAAAAACAUUUUGAUGCCUAUUUGUGA